AAUUAUAGCAAUUCAUUAUUGUCCGAUAUUUCGUUAAUGUUCCAAGAAGAAACUGUAAUUGGCGCAAAAUCUGUUUGGUAAAUGACAGAUGCGCUGUACAGCGACGCUAUGGAAAGAAUAUGAAGCACAACGUCAACAUAUUCAACUUGAAUUUGCCAAACAAUUACGAGCAAAUAUGGCUACAUUGAUUGGGAAUAUUGAGCAUGCGGAUGUGUUGUUGGUUGCAGCAGAUGGAAGCAAACUUCCUGCACAUCAAUGUAUCCUACGACAACGAGCUCCAGGCUUUUUUAAAACGCAUAUUGAGCCAACCCUGAAAGCUUCUCCAUAUGAGGCUACUCAUGGAAUACUUGAAGUUGCAGUAGGUGAUAUCGAUUUUGCUGGUCUAAAAUUUUUUAUAAGGGCUGUGUAUACGGAGGAUGAAGCGUCAAAUCUACCUGAAAAUGGUAUCAUUGAUCAAGAGAUGUUUGAUGGACAAGAUGACAACCAUCACAAAGAAGGUGAGGAAUCGCAUCACAACAAUAAUAUGGAUGAGUCAACCGAAUUUGAGGAUAUGGGUACGGAAGGUUUGAUACAGGUAGAUGAUAAUGGUGAAACGGAUACAUCAAAAAAUAAUGCGAUAUGGGACGAUUCAUUGGCAUUUUCUGAAGCUGUAUCCAUGGUUAACACGGUAAGUAAGACAACAGAAAAUGCUGGUCGAUUACGAGAGAUGACAUCAUUUCAAGAAUUAGCUGUUAUGGAUUCACCGAUGUGUACCUCACUGUCAUCAUCGGAAUUACCUGGAAGUUGUACAACAUCUGUUCAAGAGGAUUCCAAUGAACAACCAUUGAAAGAAUACACACUUAGUCCAUCAUUCAUCUGCGUCAACAAAUUCGAUGAAACAAGUAAUAAUAGCACACCUACUAAUGAUAGUACUUCGAUGGAGUGUGUGACAUCUGCGCAAAAGAAGCAUAUGUUUCAGAUGUUUGUUGGCCUAGAAGGUAACACCGAUCCUGAAAUGUGGCACAGUGCUCCAGGACCAGAAAGUAUUCGCAGUCGGGCAAUAAUGGCCAAACGAUUGUCGAUGACAUCAUUAAAUUCGUUGACAUCUAUUGAUCUAACACCUAGUCAUGAGGUGUCGAUGUCUACCGCAAAUAAAAAUCCCUCAUGUAAAUUGGCAGCGGACCUCCUAAAUAUGUACCUCAACAAUAUUGAUACAGAUGUUAUUAUCAAGACUGAUAAUGGAGAAUUAUUCGCGCAUCGGUGUAUUUUAUCAGCCACUUGUCCAUAUUUCAAAGAUCAUUUAGUGAAUCGACAAUAUGAAUACAUCGAAUUGAAAGGGUAUUCUCGAACUGCAGUUCAUUACUUCAUAUCAUUUCUAUACGGUGGCUUAACAUCAAUCGGUGAGGACGUAGAUGUCUGGGAACUUGUUUCAUUAGCCACUCAUUUGAACAUGGAAAGUCUUACUCAAGUGAUCAUACUUCACUUCCGAGCUACAAAAUGUCAUUUCUUUCAUCGGCCAUGUGCUACCUGUGUAUCGGCGGUAUUUGACGCUCUCCCACAAUUCAAUGCGAUACGUUCUUUACAACCCCUCUACAAAGAGGCUCUGUCCUGGCAAGCGAAACAUUUUUCACGAAUUUGGAAGAGUCGUGUAUUCAUGCAUUUGAAUCCACAUUGGCAGAAAGAAUGUUUUGAAACUAUUGUUCAGGAUGUUGACGAGGAAUCGUUGAUAGACGUAUUGUUAGGUUGUCAAAGACUUCAGGUAUCACUGCCACGAUUGAAAUCCGGUGCUGGAGUUGCAGCAGCAGUUCUAUGUCUAGUGAAUGAUCUUAUUGAAUAUAUUCAGGAGUUCCUACUGCAAUCGUUCGAUCUUGUGAUUGCAUCACAAUCUUUUAAAGCGCAGGGUAAAGGUUUGGCACUGAAUUUGAUAGUAUUAGAGGAUAUAUUUCCGCCAAUGGUGCACACACUAUCAGCUGAUAUUGCGAUACAAACGUAUCUUAACCUUAGUGAUUUGCUAAAAACCAUUGCCAGUCAACAAUCAGCAAAUAAAAAUCUUUUACGGCAAAUAGAUCACAAUGAAUGGAAUCCACGAUUCAUAGCACUGGUUCGACGAUUAUAUGACUUAACCGAUAAGCAUUUGCUACAUUAUGCGGCAUCUGUUGUAAAGGCUAAGACAUGGAAUCUGUUGAGUGUGGAGGAUCAGUGUCGCAUACAGGAAUGUGGUCUGUUUGUGGAAAUGAGUAAAGCCAGAGCUCCACCACCCAAACUUUCCAGCUUAAGCAGGAUAUACAAACGAUCGUCCAGUGCUGGUGUAGCAGCAAUAAACGCUGCCAAUUAUAAGGAGAGGACGCGAUCGUUAGAUCGAUCACGACCAUUUUCCUUCUGUGAAAAGGUAGUGGAGGAACACGAACCGCACGAACCGCAAUAUAUCAUCGAUCCCAUGGAGGAUAACAUCCACAGAAGAACUCAUAGUGUAAAGGAACGCAGUAGCCAUUCAACACCACGUCAAGUGGACCGAAAACUGGGUUUGAAUUCGGGUAAAACGAAGAUUCCGCGCCGUAAAGAGCGGAAUGCGGAGAAAAAACAAAUACUGGAACAGAUUCGAUAA